GGAAGUUGCCGAAGUUGGGCAGCGAGCGCUGGGUCGCGGCGCGUCCUUCCUGCGGCCCGGCCGGUGCAUGAUGGAAGCAGCAUGGCCGCCCACCUCUCCCUGACACAGCUGUCAAGUGCAAAUCCUGUGUAUGAGAAGUUCUAUCGACAGGUUGAUUCUGCUAAUACCGGAAGAGUGUUAGCUUCUGAUGCAGCUGUUUUCUUGAAGAAGUCUGGAUUGACGGACUUGGUACUUGGAAAGAUUUGGGACUUAGCUGAUACUGAUAGCAAAGGAAUCUUGAACAAACAGGAGUUUUUUAUAGCUUUACGACUUGUAGCAUGUGCACAGAAUGGAUUGGAUGUUUCCCUGAGUAGUCUCAAUUUGCCUGUUCCUCCACCAAGAUUUACUGAUACUAGUAGUCCUUUGCUGCUCAGUGGAACAGCAUCAAGUGAUAUACCAUGGGCUGUUAAGCUGGAAGACAAGGCCAAGUAUGAUGCUAUUUUUGACAGCCUAAAUCCUGUUAAUGGACUACUGUCAGGAGAUAAAGUGAAACCUGUACUCCUCAACUCAAAACUGCCAGUGGAUAUCUUAGGACGAGUGUGGGAAUUGAGUGAUAUUGACCGAGAUGGAAUGUUGGAUCGCGAUGAAUUUGCAGUUGCCAUGUUCUUGGUGUACUGCGCUUUGGAGAAAGAGCCAGUGCCAAUGUCCUUGCCUGCAGCUUUGGUGCCACUAUCCAAGAGAAAACCUAUGAGUGUUCCAGGAGCAAUGCCAUUAAUUCCUUCUUCAGCAUCUUCCAAAGAUUCUCAUCAGUCCUUGCCACCUGUAGGCAUUUUAGCUGCCAAAACACCAUUAACACAGUGGGUUGUAUCGCCUGCAGACAAAAUUAAGUAUGAUGAGAUCUUUAUGAAAACUGACAAGGACAUGGAUGGAUUUGUGUCAGGUGUGGAAGCCAGAGAACUAUUCUUGAAGACAGGACUGCCUUCUGCUCUGCUUGCACAUAUCUGGGCUCUGUGCGACACAAAGGACUGUGGGAAGCUUUCCAAGGAACAGUUUGCUCUGGCUUUCUACUUAAUUAAUCAGAAAUUAACAAAGGGCAUAGAUCCACCUCAAGCUCUGACUCCAGAGAUGAUUCCACCUUCAGACAGGAGUGUCACAUUACAGAAGAGUGUUCAAGGACUGAAUUCUGUAGCAGAUUUUUCUGCAAUUAAAGAGCUUGAUACAUUGAACAAUGAAAUAGUAGACCUGCAGAGGGAAAAGAAUAAUGUAGAGCAAGACCUGAAGGAGAAAGAAGAUACCAUCAAACAGAGGACGAGUGAGGUGCAGGAUCUACAAGAUGAAGUAAAACGGGAGAGCAGUAAUCUGCAGAAACUGCAAGCUCAGAAACAGGAAGCGCAGGAAAUCCUUAAUGAUCUUGAUGAGCAGAAGGCCAAGUUGGAAGAGCAACUUAAUGAUAUCAGGCAGAAAUGUGCAAAGGAGGCCCACUUGAUUGCCAUGCUGAAAGCUGAAAUAACAAGCCAGGAGUCAAAGAUCUCAGCAUAUGAAGAUGAACUGACCAAAGCUCAAGAGGAGCUGAGUCGUCUGCAGCAAGAAACUGCAGAGCUUGAGCAUUGCAUAGAGUCUGGGAAAGCACAGCUGGGACCUCUUCAGCAACAUCUGCAAGAUUCACAACAGGAAAUCAGUUCGGUGCAGACAAAACUUCUUGAGCUGAAAGAACUGGAAAGUAACCAAUUUAGUUGGCACUCUCAGCCACAGACUGUACUUGUUAACGGAACUACGGAUCAUUCUAGUCUUAGCAACAGCAGCAGUGAAACUGCUAACCUUAAUGAGAAUGCUGAAAGGGAAAGCAUAGCUGAAGAUGAACAAAUAAACAAUGUAUCCCCAACAAGAAAUAGUCCUGAAACAACAGCUGCUGCUGCAGAAGAAAACAAAGAGACUCCAUCUGCAACUGUUACGAGAAAAGAGGAUCCAUUUGAUGCUGAAUCUCAUCCGUUGCCUGAUAUAGUUUCUGAAACAAGUUUAGAGUUCUUCCAGUCCGACCCUUUUGUUGGCAGUGAUCCCUUCAAAGAUGACCCUUUUGGGAAAAUUGAUCCCUUUGGUGGUGAUCCCUUCAAAGGCUCAGAUCCUUUUGCAGCUGACUGUUUUUUCAAACAGUCCUCCACUGAUCCUUUUGUGACUGCAGGCACUGAUCCAUUUAGUGCAGCAAGCAACAAUAAUAACAGCACAACAGAGAUUCUGAAGAAAAAUGAUCCUUUUGCCCCUGGUGGAACAACUGUUACUACAUCAGAUGAUUUAGCUACAGACCCCUUUGCCUCUCUGUUCGGAAAUGAAUCCUUUGGAAGUGGCUUUGCUGACUUCAGCACACUGUCAAAGGCCAACAAUGAGGAUCCCUUUGGCUCUUCCACAUCAGGCUCCAUCAAAAAUGUGGUCAUAACUAAAAACUCAUUUGAAGAGCCACCAGCCAAAAAUGAGGAUGUCCCUCCUGCCCUGCCCCCUAAAACUGGAACUCCCACAAGGCCCUGUCCACCACCUCCUGGGAAAAGACCUAUCAAUCAAAUAGACUCUUCAGAUUCCUUUAAACCGAGCGAUCCAUUUCAGCCUUUUCCCACCCCAGAAAUUCCCAAAGAACAAGAAGCAGAUCUAUUCUGUGAUCCAUUUGCUCCCACCAGCAUCGGUAAAGAGGCUGACCCCAACAAUUUUGCAAACUUCAGUACUUAUUCUACUGAGGAAGACAUGAUUGAAUGGGCUAAGAGGGAAAGCGAGAGAGAAGAGAAAGAAAGAUUGGCAAGACUAAAACAGCAAGAGCAAGAAGACUUGGAACUGGCUAUUGCACUCAGUAAAUCUGAAAUAUCAGAAGCAUGAAGUUUAGAAUAAGAUGUUGUCAUAUGUCAACUGUUUUGUCCCUUUUCCUGAAUACCUAACCUAUUUAAAUGUUAAUCAGAAGAUUACAUAUAUACACAAAAAUUAAGAAAGGAUUUAAACUUUUGAAAGUGGUGUGUUCCUGCUAAAUUCAGUCCUUUUGGUUAUUUUUAUUGUUUGAAUAACUUAAUUCUAGCAUUCAGUUUCUCUCAAGUUUUCAGGAAAAUAAGGAACAUUUCCCAGAUGUAAGCAAAUCAGUUUGAAAAUGCAGAAAAUGAGACGUUAGUUUGACUGUAAUCCGUCAGCAGUUGGUAAUUGAACACAAAGUGAACACAGCAAUUAUUCUGCCAUGGCUGAUUGUCUCCCAUCAAGCAGUUAGUCAUUUGAAAUCUCUUCUAGAAAGAUUUUAGUAAUGCCAGAGUUGUGGAGUGCUUUAUUUUAUAUGGAUGCAUAUUGAUUUUUUUUUUUUUUUUUUUUUUUUUUUUUUCCUCUUCAUUGAAGAUUCUGUUACAGUCUUCAUGGAAUCCAAGUCAAAAAGAGUGUGUCUUACAGAAACCUUUAAUGCUUUUCUUGCAUGGUCGUAGGUUUUAAGACCAGUUACUUUGUUUUAUAAAGCAAUUAAAUGGAAGAUUUGUGUGCAUUUGCUGUUGGCCAAGAUGACUGUCAGAUAACAAGGCCCCGCUGCUCUUUGAGCCAGUUUUGCUUGUGAAAUAUGCAGAUAAGUAAUUGGCAAGAUUGCUUGCCCGUUCACUGGCAAGAUAGUAAGUUGAAAAUGAAAUGAGAUCGAGAAUAGAAAGAAAACGUCUGAUUAUUUUUUUCAUUAUUUUUUUAAAGGUUGCUUUUUUCCUGUAUGUGUAAUUUAUUGAAUGCCAACAGAUAGUUGCACCUUAAACUGAUUUAUUUUUUUUUUAAUGGUCACUGAGUGGGAUUGAUAUGAUUUUAAUGAAAAUAACUUAAUGAAAGUAACUUAUUGUUCACUUUGAAAGAACUCCAUUCUGGAGAAUUGGUUUAAUUAAAAUAAUUCCAAAAAUAAUCUUUUGCCCUAUCUAAGAAAAAUGGAUGGCAGCAGCAUAAGCAUCAAGAGAUUUGUAUUUCUUUCUUGCACUUUUAACUUGUGGUGUUUCUGUUGAGGAAAUGGAAAAGUUUCAACACACAGCACUGGGAGGAGGAGUUGGACUCAGCCAUGCUUCAAUACACUUAACCUCUUCCUGUUAUCUGCCAAUGCUGCUGUUGAAAGAGUUUGAUAGUUUUCAGUUUAUCAGGAAAAUGGGGAACCGGACUGCGAUGUUUUUUCUUUUGCACUGGGAAAUGAGCAUUUGAACACCUGCUCAAAAAAGGUAACUCAAAUUUUUGCAAGGAUUAAAUAGUUAAAACUUAUCUAUACAUCUCUGUAAUGAGUGUACACUAAUCUUGCAAAUCAUGCUUAACUGGAUUACAUAGUUUCUUAUCUUUUGUUAAAAAAUGUAUACUCAGUGGACCAACACAAUAUUAUUAUGUAUAUAUUAUAUAUAUAUUCUUGCUUUCCUUUAUGGAAUUUAAAAGUUUUGAGUCAUUUGAUGUUACAUUUCAUGUUACUGACUCUGACUAUAGUACUUUUACUCAGACUACCAACAAACCACUGCUGUGAGCUAAAUGGCAUUACUUAUGAAGUUUUAACUUUUUUUAAAAAAAGAAACUUGUUCAGGUGGGAUUAGCCUCUAUUUAUAGACUUCCCUUUUGUUUAAAAAUUCUAACAAUAGCCUGUAAUUAUGAAGAAAUAAAGUUUAAGUACAGAAGUGUGAA